AUGCCAGCAGACAUUGCCCCAGGUCUCGCCGACAUAGCCGUCCGACACGCCAUGUUCCAUACUCCGCGGCGUUCACCUCGGCUGACGUCACGCCCCUCAAAGAAACACACUCUUUGCCGACAUCAGUUACGUACAUAUUUCCGGUCAGCCUGGUGUUUCCUCUCCGCGUUAAUUCCUUCUCUCUCACGCACACAUAAUCUAUCUAUCUAUCUAUCUAUCUAUCUAUCUAUCUAUCUAUCUAUCUAUCUAUCUAUGUCUAUUCAGUAUCUAUCUAUCUAUCUAUCUAUCUAUCUAUCUAUCUCAAUUACACAAUCGCUUCUUCUUCUAUUUAUUAGAAAUAUACAGAAGGGAAGGCGUCAAGCAAUUGGAACCCCGGUGAGCGUGCACAUCUAUCUAUCUAUCUAUCUAUCUAUCUAUCUAUCUAUCUAUCUAUCUCAUUCUGUUCAUAUCUAUCUAUCUAUCUAUCUAUCUAUCUAUCUAUCUAUCUAUCUAUCUACAUAUAUUUUUAUACCCAAUGAUCUCCUCCAUCAGUCACUUUUGCCACUCCUUUUACUAUUUUUGUUUCAUUGUUUCUCGUUCAACAUAUUGUUAUUUCUCGUUUCUUCUUCUUCUUCUUCUUCUUCUGUUCCUCUUUUUUUCGUCUCCUUCUUCUUCAUUUUCUGCUCUUACUUUUUCUUCUUCUGCUCAUCCUUUUUCUUCUUCUUUUUCUCUUUCUUCUUCUCUUUUAUCUUCUUUUUCUUCUUCUUUUUCUUCUUCUUCUCAUCCUUUUGCUUAUUUCUCUUUUCAUUUAUCGUUUACCUUCUUCUUCGUCUUUUUCUUCUUUUUCUUUUUUUUUCUUCUUUUUCUCCCCCUUUUCUUUUAUCUUUUCUAUCUUUAUCUCCUUCUUCUGCUCUACCGUUUUCUAUUUCUUCUUCUUCUUUUUCUUCUUCUUAUGCUUAUUUCUCUCCUCAUUUAUCAUUUACCUUCUUCGUCUUUUCCUUCUCCUCCUCCUUCUUCUCUUCUUAUUCUCCUCCUCCUUCUUCCUCUUCUGUGAUCAUCAUCAUCACUUGA